UUUUUGUGUUGUGGACGUGCAAAGUGUUGCGUUGCAAUUUUCAUUUUGACUGCAAAUUUUGCGACUAUUUUCAAUCGCUACUUUAUUUUUUAACAUUUUAUACGUAUAAGUAGGCUAUUAAGUACAUCAAUUUUUAUUUUAAGAGUAAACCGUUCGUGAUAAACUAAUAGUUAAACUGUGAUGUUGUCUUUGAUCCUUACUAAGGUGGAAUUUUAAAGUGCUAAUCCUAUGGCGUCAUUAUCUCUACCUCGAGUUCUACAGCUUAAGAAGAAUAGCUUGGAUGCUGAGCGUGAGCAGUUUGAGAAAUCUCAGACGCUCGCGAUCCAGAAAGCGAUCAAUGCCGUGGAGACGCCGGUGAAGGAGAAACAUGUCCGCAGCACCAUCAUCGGCACCUUCCACGAGCAGAGCGCCAUCACCUACUGGAUGGUGGUGCUCCGCCUGCCGCUGCAGGACAACCGCAUCGUGUCGUGGAAGUUCUGUCACGUGACACACAAGCUGUUGCGCGAGGGCCACCCCGCCUGCCUCGACGACUCGCAGCGACACAUCGCCAUGAUCGAGAACUUGGGCAAACUGUGGGUGCACCUACGCGAAGGUUACGGGCGUCUGAUCCACCUGUACUGCAACCUGCUGGUCACCAAGCUCAAGUUCCACGCGCGCAACCCGCGCUUCCCGGGCAACAUGCAGGUCACGGCUGAUGAGCUGGACUCCAUCGCUGAGAAUGAUGUUAAUAACUACUUCCAGUUGUGCGUCGAGCUGUUUGACUACAUGGACGAUAUCCUCAAUUUGCAAGCUGCAGUAUUCGAGAGUCUCGGCAACGCGCGCGCCAACUCGAUGACGGCGAGCGGGCAGUGCCGGCUGGCGGCGCUCAUCCCGUGCGCGCAGGACGCGUCGCCCGCGUACGACGCCGGCGUGCGCCUGCUGUUUCGCCUGCACGCCGCGCUGCCCGCCGACACGCUCGCCGGCCACCGCGAGAGAUUCCGACAGCAGUUCAAGAAGCUGAGCUCGUUCUACAAACACGCGAGCAGCCUGCAGUAUUACCGCAACCUGCUGAGUCUGCCCGUGCUGCCCGCUAACCCACCUAACUUCCUGCUGCAGAGCGACUUCGGCACGUACGUGACGCCGGUGGUGUCGGUGCCGGAGCCGGAGCCGGACGAGCCGGACAACAUCGCCGCACUCAUCGAUACGUCCGACACCAUGAGCCAGGCGACGAAUUCCGACUUCGACGUGGUGGACCGCGCGGCGCCGUCGCCCGCCCCCGACCCCAUAGUAGAGCGAGAUCGCCUCAUAGACCAUCUUCAGAGCGAACUCAAGCGGAUGCGGUCUGAAGUGUCACAAAUAAUUCAAGAGAGGAAUACUAUGCUAGGAUCUAUACGGGAGCACUGCUCGCACGUCGAGUCGCAGCUACAGUCUACUAAGAAUGAACUAGAGCAAGAAAAACAAAAAGCAGAAAUUGUGUUAGCGCAGGCGCCAGAAAUUAAAAAAAAAUUGACAGAAACAGAAGAGAAAGCUAAGAUAUCCGACGAGAAAUUCCAAAAGUUAAAAGGGGCGUACACACAACUGAGAGAAGAGCACAUUACCUUGAUAAGACAGAAAGCCGAGGUAGACAAAGUGGCGAGUAGCUUGCGAGCAGCCGCCGCGCAACACGAGAGUGCCAAAGCGAUGUUACAACAACAACUUAAUGAUCGAAUGAAGGAUAUGGAGCUGUUGCAACAAAGUGCAUCGUCGAGUGAAGAAAUAGAAGCAUACAAAAUGGAAAUAGCCAAUAUAAGAAGUGAUCUCGAACAAUCGAGACAAAAAGAGGCAGAGUUGGAAUCGCUCAAAGCAGCCAUGGAAGCUCUAGAAAUCGAACAUAAAACAGCAACGACGGAACAGCAAGAGAAGAUAUUAACAAUUUCUACUGAAUUGAAAGAGGCUACUGAAAGUUUAGAAAAAUUAAAACAAGAAGUUAGUGAAAAAGAUACCGAGUUGAAUAAAGUGAAAGAAGAAUUGACUGGUCUACGACAAAAGAGCGGAGACGAAUACAGAAAAGCAGUUGAGGAAAAGGAAGCAGCUUUAAAACAAGUGACGCAGUUGACACAACAAUAUCAACAGGAGAAAGAGCAUUUGGAGGCUAGACUGUUGCAUACGGAGAGCGAACGAUUGAACGCCGAGUGUGAAUUGCAGGACCUACUGCAACAAAACACGAUACUAGAAGCUGACAUGGCCGCGCUGAAGAUACAACUCGAGGAGGCGAACGCUGAAAUCAAGAAAAAAACCUCUCGACUGGUGGGUUGCGCGAGCGAAGUGGCUCUGGCGGUGACGAAUGAGGCGAUGUCUUCCUUCGAGAAUUCCAACUCACAGGACGCGAACCAGCUCGCCGCCGAACUGGCCGCUAAGGCGUUUGAGGACUUGGCGAGAAAGUCACAGAUCGAAGGCAACGAGGAAGUGGUGGCGAAGUCUGCGAUCCUGGGUGCGCAUAGCGCUGCGCAGCUUUCCGCGUACGUCGCCGACGUCUCUUCUACCGCUACUAAUAUGGAGCUCGCUGAUAAGCUAAAUAACGAGUGUCGCAACAUGCUGAACUCUGUCAAGCGCUGUCUGGAAUCACUUUCAACGGGCACGCUGGAACGCACUGCGUGCAUGGACGCUCGCGGCUGCGUGCAAGGUGCGGGCAGGGCCGUACAAUCUGCGGCGCGCCCGCAAACUCACAGCGUAGAUGAUGAGCUCGCUCUUAUGGAUCAAGCGAUCGAGGAUGCUGCUAAACAAAUUGAGGAAAUGUUAGCAGCGAGCAGAAAAGAUGAUUCCGGAGUGAAAUUGGAGGUGAAUGAGAAGAUUUUAGACGCGUGUACUACAUUGAUGGCCGCAGUGAAGGUACUUGUGCAAGACGCGAGAAAGCUGCAGAACGAGAUAGGAGAUCCGAAAACGAGGCAGAAGAUGUACAGGAAAAACCCGCAGUGGUCCGAGGGGCUAAUCUCCGCAGCAAAGGCUGUCGUGUUCGCCGCCAAACUACUUGUCACAUCAGCGGACGAGGCAGCAGGCGCGUCUGGCCGCGUCGAGGGCGUGAGCGCGGCAGCACACGAAGUGGCGGGCAGCACGGCGCAGCUAGUAGCGGCGUCGCGAGCCCGCGCGCCGCCCGCCGCGCCCGCACUUGCGAGACUGACCGCAGCGUCGCGACAAGUCGCUGCUGCUGCGGGCGCCGUUGUAGCCGCUGUACGCGCUGCCUCCGCGCUCGUCAAUGACACGGAGGCGCUAGACACCUCCGCUCUCUCUCUGACGGCGACGCGGCGGCUGGAGAUGGAGAGCAAGGUCCGCGCGCUGGAGUUGGAGAGCGCGCUGGACGCCGAGCGCGCGAAACUCGCCGCGCUGCGCCGCCGACACUACCAGCUGGCGCAGCAACACGAGAAUGGAAACGUGACAAACGGCGCGGAAUGAAGCAGGAAUACAAUUAUUGAGCGUAAUAUUUUAAAAUGAAAUUAAUGUCAAUACCGCGGGGUUUCAAAGAGCGGCGACUACAAAUUGCAAAAAAUAAAUCCAAAUAUCAUGACAAGACUUUUACGUGCUUUGAAAUUUCAAUUAGAUUUAACUUGCAAGACAUUGCAAUAUGUGAAAUCGCCAAAAAAGUCAAUAUUAUGUGGACAAUAAAUAAAAUAUUCAAUUGAUAUAUUCUUAACUUGCAUUUAUGAACAACGAAAUUAGUAAUGUGCUCAGUAGUAAGCCAUGUUUGUCUUCCGGACUGCUCAAGGAUGUUGAAUAUAAGCUAUAUCCACACUAAGCGCUUUCGUCUUCAAUUUUCGUCAUCUUCUUUCAUCCAACUUCGU